CCCUUUCCUUAGAACGGUCCGCCCCUCUCCGCUGCGUUUUCCAAGGAUUUACUUCGCUUCUGAUCUCAGUCUUUUUUCAGUGAUUUUCCGACAUUGAAACAGCAUGCCUAUAAUUCGCAUAAAACUUCUGGGAUUCGUUUCAGCCCUUCUCGUCUCCGUUCCCGCAGUCUUUGCAGCCUUCGGAGUGACAACCUCCGGGAACAACUUGCUUGUUGACUCGGGAGCAGGUUUGGUCACCACCAUUAACAAAGCCAACGGCGACAUUACCUCACUCAAUUUCAACGGAAAACAACUGCAAGACCAGUCUAAAUUUACCCAGCUCAGCUCAGGACUGGGGUCAGCGACAGUCACUUCUUCCGUUGCUAACAACAUUGCGGUAGUCACCAUCAAGACCAGCACUAUCACCCAUUAUUAUAUCGUUCGUUCUGGCACCAACACGCUUAACAUCGGUACGUUUGCCUCUGCCGAACCCAGCGUCGGAGAACUUCGUUUUAUCGCACGACUAAGCAAAUCUGCCUUGCCAAACGGACCUGUCCAAUCGGAAAUGCAAGGCGGAACCGCUAUUGAAGGAUCGGAUGUUUUUAACGUGAACGGUCAGACGAGGUCUAAAUUCUACUCCAGUGUCCGCUUUCUGCAAGACCAGGUUCACGGGGUUACUGGCAGUGGCGUUGGUGCAUACGUGAUCAUCCCUGGCGUCGGAUACGAGACUUCAUCUGGAGGUCCAUUCUUCCGUGAUAUUGAUAUUCAAGGCAGUGAUCAGCAGGAGGUCUAUUUUUACAUGAAUUCCAACCAUGAACAAACAGAAUCUUACCGCACUGGUUUCUUUGGACCAUAUGCCCUUGCGAUAACUACCGGUGGCGCGCCUUCAGCAAACCUUGAUACAAGUUUCAUGGACAGCUUGGGUCUUCAAGGAUACGUCCCGGCUUCUGGACGUGGCACUGCUUCUGGAACGUACUCGGGCACUCUUGCAGGCAUUCCCGUCACCAUUGGAUUCAAGAACUCUGCUGCGCAAUACUGGGCAACUGGUUCAGGGGGAUCUUUCAGUCGUCCCUCGAUGAAGCCGGGAACGUACUCCGUCACCUUGUAUCAAGGUGAACUAGAAGCCGGAAGUGGUUCCGUCUCCGUCAGCGCCGGGAGAACAUCCACAGUGACUUUGACGUCUACUCUCAGUAGACCCAGCACUAUCUGGAAUAUUGGAACGGUUGAUGGAACGCCUGCGGGGCUUCUCAACGCUGACAAAAUCGAAAAAAUGCACCCAUCGGACAGCAGAAUGAGUAAGUGGGGUCCCGUGACGUUCACGGUUGGUUCAAGUUCGGCUUCGUCCUUCCCAAUGGCACAAUUCAAAGCUGUGAACAACCCUACGACUAUCAAAUGGACCGCAAGCUCUUCACAAAUCGGUGCACGUACUCUACGUAUUCGGACUACUGAAUCCUUUGCAGGCGGAAGACCUGCAGUCGUCGUGAAUUCCUGGAACUCUCCUCAGCCGGCAGCACCUACAAAGAUUGACUCUCGAGGAGUAACCCGAGGAACCUGGCGUGGUCUUAACGAAAUCUACGACUUCUCCAUUCCAGCAGGUACUUUGGUCGCAGGAUCGAACACCAUACAAAUUAAUACCAUCAGCGGUAGUGAUGGGGAUACUUUCCUGAGUCCGAACUUCGUUUACGACUCAAUUGAGUUGUUCUAAAGAACACGCUAUCGAAUCCGUGAAGUAGUUGUAAGCUACAAACAGCAAAGCGAGUGUAUAUCGCCGAAAAAAUAUCAUCUAUUUUUUCUUUAACAUCAAGAAUGCGAAAUCUGCCACGGCGAAUACAUUUUCUAUACUAAUACGCAGUACAACAAGACUAAUUAGUCCAGUU